AGCCGGGCCCGGCAGGCGGACUGUUCUGACGGGUGUCCCACGGGGAGGUCUGGUUUAAGGCAGCACUGAGUAAUCUCAUUUUUCACACGUCUUCUGUAGUCACUACCAGCCCUGUCAGAGGAAAGGAGUUGCUUCCUGUUAUUUCCAUUGAAAUAGUUGUCCUGACCAUUAGCAGGCAGGCUUUUCAGGAUGGCACUUUGCAGACAGACCGGCUCUGGCAGGCUCUGCCCUGGGCUCCUGCUGCUGCUGCUCUGGGCGGCUCUCGGGAGCGAGCUCCAUCCCGCAGGCACCGCUACCCCCCCAGGAGCCAACGAGUCUCUGGCUGAGCUCCAGAACCAGACGGUGAUUGAGGAACCUGAGAACCUGCUCCUCAACCUGACUGCGGAUGAAAAGUACAAUCUGAUAGCCUACAUGUGCUGGGCCAAUUUCAGUCACUGGAUGAUGAACGUGACCAGGGUGCAGCUGUGUGAAUGGAGAGUCAUCAGCAGGCCAUACAGCGACCUCCGCCACUGCCUGGAGACCUUCGCAGAAGAACAGAACUACAGCUACCCCAACAGCAUCGCCGAGGAAUGCAUUGUCCAGAGCCACCGCACCUACUUCCUGAACUGCACCCAGGAGCACCCUAUGUUCCUCGACCCACCGGAGGACGUGCUGCUGGCCCUCAUCGUUACCCCCAUCUGCCUCAUCCCUUUCCUGGUCACCCUGGUAGUGCGGAGGAGCAAGGAUGGCAAGAUGCAGUCCUGAGCGCCUCAGGGCUCCAGGGUGCCAGAGGCAUCGCCAAUGUGUUAGAGAAGCAGACCUGGCUCGAGCCUCUGACCCAACCUGUCCUUGCCCCACGGGAGCCAGCCCCGGGCCUUCGCCUGCUGGCUGAGCUCCAGCGCUGGAGAGGCUGGAAGGCCCGGGUGCUCCACCCCUACCUCUGCAGCACUCGCUUCCGGCUGGGACUGGAAGCACUGCUCUGCUCCCACCACUUCCAAGAGCGGCAGGGGCUCCAUCUCGCAGGCCUGACUGCCAGGCCCAACACUUUGGAGACACUUGGAGAACCAGCCCAGAGCGGCCCCCUCUGAGCCCCUGGAGCAUCCUCCAUCUCUGGCUGAACGCCCAGGGUUUGUACCUGCUCAAAUGAGGUUACAGCGCUAGGCUUCCAAUCCCAGGCCUCUGACGCGGGCAGAAGGAGAGAGCCCCAUGGGCAACUCUGCUCUGGGUCUCACGCUGACGUAACCCCCUGCCGAGGUCCCACUCCAGCUCACCACAGCUUAAGAGGUGCAAACCCCCUCCAGGAAAAGGGCUCUGCUGAGUCCUAGCAGCCCCAGCACCAAGGAGAGGACGCCCUCCUGUGUCGGUCCUUGAGCUGCACCGAGCAGCUGGCGGGGGAAGCCAGGGGGGACUGACUUACAGAGCGGCUCUAGUUCCAUGCGGAGAGAGGUCAUGGCCUCCAGAGAACCCCCUCCCCUCACACAGCUGCUUUGCCUUCUAGGCCUCACCAGCAAGCAGAGGUUGCUGUGGCAAGGCUGGUGUGAUGGCUGUGUGAAGGGGGCCCCUCGCCAGGAAAGCCUUGUGUUUCAGGACAGGACAUCGUGCCAGGACAGCGGGUUUCCCCUGCCCUGUUUAUGGGGCUCUGACGCCUGGGGCAGGCUGCCUCGCCAUGUGACACCAGAGGCUGCGUGCCUCUUUUACUGGCUUUUUUUGAUUCCCUUUGCAAACAGGCUCCCUGGUUAACCAGCUGGAGAUUAAAGACCUUCCCUUUCCGAG